CAACAUGGCGGACGGCUUUAGUCUUUUGAACCUUGAUGUUAUUCAGAAGCAGUACUUGCAAAUGGCUCCGUUGAAAUUAUUUCUUUGGAAAGCACUUGAGCAGGAAAGUCUCGACUUGGAAAAACAGAGAAAAAUCCUAUGCAUGACUUAUUUCUUCACUGCAGAAUCGUCGUAUGCUCCUUCGGUAUCGUACCAAAGACUGUUUCUGAAACGCAUGCUGAAGUUAUGUGAGGACAGGUGUAUCGAGAUCGCGGAUGAACUCUAUGAAGCAUACGGAGAUGUGUGUGGUAAAGCAGAACACCUGGAUAACAAGUGCUUUAAAACAUAUGUACUGCCAUGUGGGGCCUUGUUAACCCUUGAAGAAACUCAACAGUUUAUCUCUAAAGGAACAACAGGACUUAGUACCUGGAUGGCAGGAGAAUACCUUGCUGAGUGGGCACUAGAAAACCCUUCCUUAUUUCAAGACAGAUCCAUCAUAGAGCUGGGCUGUGGUACUGGACUUACAGGACUUUCUAUUUGCUCCAUGAGUUCACCAAGCCAGUACAUAUUCAGUGACUGCCAUAAUGAAGUGUUCAAAGCACUUCAAAGCAACCUUGAACUGAAUGGAUUUGUCAUAAGCCAGGCAGACAGUGAAUUACCAUAUUUAAAUAACAAAAGGACUUGUGAGUCUCACACAGAGAGUGACAAGCAUAAACAUUGGAAAGGAUUGGCUCUCAGGAAUGAAGAUACUCAUGGCUACUCACAUCACAGAGAUAUAACUUCUCAGCAAGACUCUGGAGUGACUACCAGCAAGACACCUGAUAUGGAAAUAACUUUACACAAGUUUGACAAAACACCACAGUGUAUGGCAUGUUUAUCAGACUAUUCUGAAAGUGAAGAUAUUCAUGACCUGUCAAGUUGUGCUUCAGAUUUCAUUGCUUGCUAUUCAAGACAUCCUUCAAGUCAGAUAAGGCACUUAAUUGAAGACUGUGCCAAUCAUUCUUGGGACACUCAAGUUGACAUUUGUAAAUUAGACUGGACAACUUUAAAGAAGAGUGAUUUGAGGAGAUUUUCAACUGGGAUUAUUUUAGCUGCUGAUGUUAUUUAUGAUGGUGAGUUGACCCCAGCAUUAGUGAGAACUUUGCAUCUUCUCUUAAGUACUGGUGGCGAUAAAAGGGGGAAACCUGUUGCUUUCAUUGCUUCAACCAUCAGGAAUCUGCAAACAUAUGAAUUGUUCCUUAAUUGCCUUUAUGAACACAAUAUUUCCUGCAGUGAAGUAACCAAGCCAGCAAAUCAAGUUUUUUACUAUGAUCAGAGUUGUGAAAUUAAAAUUAUCAAGCUUGAAGUCUAAUUUAAUGAGCUUUAAUUGUGUGGUAUUCCUCAGACAAAAUAAUGUAACAGCUUUCCUUUGUUCAAAAGUUAUUCAUACUUUAUUUACUAUACACAAUGAUAUUGGAAGUUUUACCACAUUACAUUAAAACUAAACCAAUUAACAUAUUAUUAGGGAAGUUUUUAAAUACUUAGUACUAUUAAGUAGUCAUUCUUAAUAGUAAAACUAAAAUUCAGAAGAAUUCAGAUGAAACCUGACAGUGUCAUUCAAAUGAAACCAAUAAAUUAAUUUAUUCUGGCCUUUUUUUCGAACUGAUAUAGUUGAAAAUCUCAGAGAUUGAAGAAUUUUUUAAUAUAGAUCAUUUGUUGAAAAGGAAAAACAUUUUUAAUAUUGCUCCAUUCUGCAAUUAGCUAGCAAACUUAAAAAUAUAUCAUUACAUUCAAAGGGUAGUUACUUUUAGAACUUCAGAGUAAUCCACCCUUGAUGAUCAUUUUCAUAUUAAGUCUCAUAAAUCAUAACUUUGUUUUUACCAUGUAAAAUAUCUAAUAGGAUUCUAUUCUAAAAUUUCUUUCCUCACAGAUUUAAAGUAAUUCGUUAAUUCUAAAGCCCAGAUGCCACUUAGUCAUUUUAGUUCAUUCUUAAAGUACUCUUUGUAGAGAAGUUUCCUACCAACAUUUAAUUACCUUUACUGUUUACAAUCUGCAGAAAGGAAAUGGCAGCACUAUAAAAUGCAUUUAUUAAAAAAAA